AUGUUCGAUAACAAACACCGCCGGAUUACCGCCCAUUUUCUUGUCGGAACAGGAAAUUACGUGGCACCUGAAGUAAUUGCCAAACCCGGGCCCAAUCAGAGUUGUGAUUGGUGGUUGACUGGAGUGGUUUUAUGUAAGAUGGUAUUUGGAAGAGUGCCAUUUCAUGAUGAUACACCCGGUGGAACACAAUAUCGCAUUAAGAAUUGGAGAAGCUUCCUUGAUUUUGUAUAUUGUGGAAAUCUAUCCAAAGAUUGCCUUACGAUGAUUUAA